UUGACAAUUUCGUUGCUUUUUGGGGUUUUCAGAUUUAAAAAAACAUUCAGAUGAAAUCCUGCAGGCGCCCAUGCCUUCUCCGUACAUGAAAUAAAUGCACAUCCUUGAAUGAGCGCAGAUUUCCAGGGUAUUUACUUGAUCUUAUCAAGUAGGCUAAUAUCUAUGGGUUGAUCCAUUCCAGAAGGGGCCAAAAUCUGAAUUUAUAAUGGACUGAAUAAAGCUCUCUCAGAACUUGACGUGCGAGGACACACUGAUUGACAUAUGCACAUGAAUCACGGUCACACGCACAAAACAUUAACUUUAUUGGCUUUACUUCAAGUCAGCUGUCACUUUACUUUGGCGCGAGCCCCUAUGCGCUCGCACACUUGGCACAGCCCUUGCGACUGUUCUGAGGGACACAUAACAUUAAUAUGAUUAGCCUUUUGCUUGACUGUGUUAUCAAACAGCUAAUAAUGUGUUGCUAAUGUUACCGUGUUCCCGUUCUUCAUCUCAGAGUCAGACAGCUGCCUUCUGAAAAACAGCAUCCUUACAAACGCUUUGAACAACUCAGAACAUCAGUGGAGAAAAGGGGGUCUUUAAGACUUGUAUGGCUUAGUAUAACGUAAAUGAUGUCUCUUACUGAAAUAUGUAGUAGAAAACCCAUGAAAGAUUAUUAUUUAAAAAAAUCCAUGACAUAUUUGGACAAUGGGGGCGCCAUUUUGUUUAGGUGCACAGUGCGUUCUAUGUCAGUGACGUCAAAUGGUUGCACUCACUGAUCUACUGACACUGCCCUGUUGCUAUUUUUACCGCAACACAACUGGGAAUAUAAUAUACGAUGCCACAUUGUGCAGCUUUUGGUUGUAAUUUUCAGUCGAUGAGCCACAAGAGAAGAGAUGUAAGUUUUCACUGCUUUACUAGCGAUAAAAGGAGAAAAGAAUUAGAAGUUGUGAAGAAUGUGGACGAAUAAAACUUCCUAAAGAACCGCAUCGUUGUUCUCUCCAGUUUAGCCCUGAUGCCUUUUAUACUUUUUAUCUGUAUGUUUUGGUGCAACAGUAAUCUAGUAACGCAUACAAGUCUUAAUAUCCACGGGGUUCCUUUUAAAACCUGAUCAGCCUUUUCAAUUUGAGCCAGAGCGCAAAAUUAGUGAGGAUGAAAACAUCGAAGACAUACAAUGUCUCUGUGGUUAUUCGAACUACUGUUGUAUGAUUGACGUGUUAAAAUUGUCUGAUCACCUGAAUGCAUACACAGUUUAAUAUGCUGAGAAGAUGCUACUGUUUAUGCGAUCACAGAUAUCUUGUGCAUCACGGCACACACGAGCUUUGAGGCAGUCUGUCUCAAUCGAGAUGUGUUAUAGGCUGCCCUUCGUCAGUCUCCACGACAGGCGCGGCAUUUGGUUAAAGCAUACACAUAUCCAUCGCCAACUAGGGCUGCUCGAUUAUGGCAAAAAUCAUGAUUAUUUAACACUAUUAUUGGUGGGUGAUAUGAUCACAGUCUUAUUUCAUGAUAUGAGUAAUUUUAAAUGUCAGUGAAAUUUCACAAUUAUCAAUACUUAAGCAAAAACUAAUGCUAGAUUAAAUAAUGUAAGUAUAAAAGUCCCCAAAACGGCUACUGAAGACAAUAAACAGCCAACAAUAAAAUCAGAACAAAGAAACUAAUUACAAACAAAGCCGACAAAAAAUACAACAGAACAAAAAUACAAAUAAAAUAAACAGUGCUUUAGGUUUUUCAGAUAGAUGUACAGUGGUAUUCAGAUAAGUAAUACCCAACAGAAAUAGCAGUCAUUAAUAAUGGCUGCUGUCCCUUUAAGAGCUGCACGGACUGUUAUGCUGCCUUCACUUAGCAGCGUUAUGGUAAAUACGAGUUGGUAAAAAAUUGCACAUGAACACCCUUUCAUUUCGAAACAUGAAUGCGAUGAGCUCAUAAUCACGACUUCAGAAGUGGUAAUUAUCAAAUUUCCGAUAGCACGUGAAGACAGCAAGUACAGUAAUCAUUUUACCUCGAUUAUCCUGUUUUCAUAUAUGGAGGACCAAACCUGCAGAAAUUAAAAAUGAAUGAAUGAAUGAAUAAAUAAAUAUAUAAAUUAAUAAAUAGAUAAAUAGGUAAAUAAAUGUGAUAAUAGGAAAAUGAAUAAAUGACUUGAUAAAAUAAAUGAUUCAUUUUUAAUAAAAUUCAUUUUUUAUUUUUCCCCCUUAAUUUAUUAUUUUCUGCGUUUAUACAUUUUUACAUUUUUAAACAUUUUUUUUUAAGCUUUUAUUUUUAGUUAACUAUUUUUUUUAUUUUUUUUUUAUAUUUAUAUAUUAUUUUUACAUCUAUUUAUGUAUGUAUGCAUUCAUUUAUUUUUAGAUUUAUUUAUUUAUUGAUUCAUUUAUUUUUACUUUUCCGCGUGUAACACGGAAAUGAGGAAGGCGGUCCUUCUGUAGCUUCAGUGCGUCAUUGGUUAAGAGCUCACGUGUAGAAUCGCCAGGCCAGCUAAGCGAUAGAUGAGAGUUUUCAAAGAAAAUGGCGGCAAGUAGUAAUUCGUUGUCUAGUUUGCUACGGGAUGUGGCAGAUCAGCUGGAGAGUUGCAAGUUAUUUUCACCUAAUGUUAUUCGCAUUAUGCCGAAAUAUUUAAAAUGUUAAGCUAUUUCUUCAUUUUUAAGGCUCUGUAUAGUUCAGUCCCAUAGAUAAAAUUGUUGAAUUUUACCCAUUUUCAGUGAUCAAAAGCUGAUACAGCUGAUACUUAUUGUGUUUAAAGAGGAAUGUCUGAAGAAUAAAUAGUGUUGAAACUAUAAACGUAUCUUGUUUCCCUCUAUCAAAAGAAGUGCAUAAAUCAUAAAUCUCUGAGUACCAGAAAUCCACUGAAAAGUUGAGGCACAUUAACUUGCUCUCAAAAGUGUAUUUAUAAGAAUCUAUAUUUUAAUCAAUAUUGGGGAUAUUUGGAAGAUAGGAUUUUGUUCAUUAUAACAGUUUCUGGAGCUACCAAGAGUUCAAAUACGCAGUAUCGUAACUACACGUUACCACAUUAACAUCCCUAUAUCUAUGAGAUUGAACCAUAGAGCCUUAAAAAUGAAGAUUACAGAAGAAAAGUUUCAUAAAAACAAGAAUGUAAAAUGACAUUGAGAUAUCUUUAACAUUUCUUGAAUUAAGACAUGUAAACUUCAGAAAAAUGUUUGUUUUUGGCACUCAGAGAGGUGUGUUAUCCAAUUGUUUUGAUAGAAGGAAACAAGAUACAUUUAUAGUUUCAGUGUUAUUUGUUCUUCGGACAUUCUUCUUUAAACACAAUAACUAUCAGCUGUUUGAAAAGUUACCUACAUUUGGUUCUUGACCAUUGAAAAUGUGUAAAAUUCAACAAUUUGGCCAUGGAGUCUCAAUAUCUAUGGGACUGAACUAUAUAGAGCCUUAAAAAUGAAGAUUCCAAAAGAAAAGUUUAUUAAGAAUGAGAAGGAUAUUAAGAUAUCUUGAAAACUUUUUGAGUUACAGGCAUGCAAACUUUGGAAAAUUAAUAUUUAUGGCACUCAGACAGGUAUGUUCUGUGCAAUCGAGAUGAUAAAAUGAGAUACAUUUCUAGUUUCAACAUUAUUUAGAUAUUCCUCUUUAAAAGAAAAAAGUAUCAGCUGUAUGAAAAGUGACCCGCAUUUGGUUUUUGACCACUGAAAAUGUGAACAAUUUACCAAUUUACUCAUGGAGCCCCAUUAAUAUCUCCAUAUCGCUGGGAUUUAACCAUCGAGGGCAAUCUGAAAAAAGAUUAAAAAAAAGACAUAAAAAGGAAAGUUUAAGAACCAGAAUCUAAAAGGAUAUUAAGAUAUCUUUAAUACUUCUUGAGUUACUUGAGGCAAAAAACCGAAGUGCUUUUUGCCAUUUUUGAACUGUCACUGUUGGCAUAUAAAGAAACAAAGAUUGAUAAAGUUUGCAAAAUCUGAGUAUUAUAUCACUGUACACAUUUUCCUUUCUAGAACACUUGAGGCUCUUUUUUUAAGUGGUUUUCUAAUUUGAAGUUUGGUUUGCUGAUUGCUGAUGCGGUUGCGUGUUCAUUAAGUGUAAAUUAUGUUUAAUGCAUAUUUGUUUGAUGUUUCCGGAGUGAUUCAGGCUAUAAAAGAGCGCUGAGCAGCUCAUAAACACCAUCAUCUUCUGAUGAGCAGCGUCUUCAGUCCACAGUCUGAUUCCCGUGUAGCCGAAUGAAGAGCUCUUCAGACAUGUGAAACAUCUGUCAGUCUGUGUGCUGCUCCACAAACCUUCUGCUUCGACUCGCUUUGACCUGCAGACCAAACACACAAACUACCUGUCAGUAACUGUAGCCGAAUGAAGAGCUCCUCAGACAUGUGAAACAUCUGUCAGUCUGUGUGCUGCUCCACAAACCUUCUGCUUCGACUCGCUUUGACCUGCAGACCAAACACACAAACUACCUGUCAGUAACUGCUGCCUGUCAAGAGUUCAUCAAACAAUGACAGAACAAAACACCAGCAUCAACGGAUCAACUGGAGUCAAUAAUGAUGAAGAAUCGAUAGAUGUGCGAAAUGAAUUAUUCAGGGAAAAAAUGUUUGCAGACCCAUUAUUUAUCUGGAUCAUUUCAGUCAUUGAGAUUCCAAUCAUGAUCUUAAGUCUGUUCACAUUGUGUGCUCUUAUCAAAUCUCGUCGUGCUUCUUCAGUUUUCGUCGGUCAAUUGAUUCUUUCAGAUCUCAUUCAGAUCAUUUGUAUGUUAAUGAUAACAAUCAUCGAAUUGCCAGAUGACCUGGAGGAAGUACUCGAUCUGAUAGAACAAUGGCGUGAUGCAUAUUAUUAUAGUUUGAUUGUGGGUCUGUAUUUUAUGGCUUGUGUUGCUUUUGAACGAUAUCUUCUGGUUUCUCAUCCUAUCUGGUACAAAUCUCAUAAUUCACUAAAAGUCUCCUGUGUUAUUUCUGUAAUCAUCUGGUUUGUUCCUCUGAUCUUUGCAGACAUAGACUCCGAUUCGCUGUCUUUUGAACGUGUGAAGCGAUCAAUCGGCUGUUUUAUCCCCUACCCGAUAAUCAUUCUGUGUUUUGUUGGUACUCGUCGCGGUCUUUCACACGCAAUAUCUCUUACUUCUCUAAAGCGCAAAUUAAUUUUGGGAAGUUUGUUCCUGGUGCUGCUGACUUACACAUUUCUCAUUCUCCCCUUUGUAAUCCUGAGUUUUAUUAGAGAGACUUUUCCCAUUAAACACAGUUCAUUAGGCCUACUUGUUAAAGUUAUCCGGUAUGUAAAAUUUCUCCUGUUUCUGAACCCACUCGCUGACUGUUUGUUGUACUUGUUCAUGAGGCCUGAUGCUGGUGAUUUAAUAAACUUUGAUCACUGCUGUUGUAGAAUUGACACACAUCAGAAUUCGAGACACAGCCGGGACGAACAUACGAUGGAGAGGAGGUUAUAAUCCAGAGUAGUGGAUCAAUGGUUUGUCUUCAUAAAGAGCGUCUCACUGCAGUCGUGGGGAAAUGCUGUAGGAUCAACGUUCCCGCAGUAAAACAGGUCAAACAGUCUGCUGGAUCCUCCACACACGAGCAGGUUUCAGUGUGAACACUGAUCCAGCAUCAGUUCUGAUCACUACAUCAGUGCAGACGCACACAUGCACAUAAACACCCUUUAUUCUGACUUCAUUUCCCCGGUAGACUGACAGAUGAACAACAUCAAGUAGUUUAAUGUCAUAUUCCUGCUUGUCAGCUAGUGUUCAUAAUGCAGGUACAUUUAUCAUACUCUCUUUAGCAAAUAAUUACUGUUCAUGCUAUUAAAAAGAUAGUUAACUCAAAAAUGAAAAAUGACAAUUUACUUGCACUCAUGUUGAUCAAAAGCUGAACAACUUUCUUCUGCAGAACAUAAAAGACAAUAUUUUGAGAUUAUUUUUGUCCAUACAUUGUAAGUCAGUGGACAGUUUUGGGUGAAUGAUCCCUAAAAACACUUGUUUUCAAGUGUAUGAAAUAUAUAAGAAGUGUACUGAGUUUUUAGUAAUGUUGUGUGUUUAUAGAAGUGUUUCAUAUAGUUGACUGUAUCAUAUCGAGUCAGAGACUGUCCUGUAUUCUCUCUUUUCUAUCAUUAAUAUAAUUAAAGAGCUCCAGUUCUCCUGUAUCUGUUUCUGUCUGUGAUUAUUUGACUAAUAACAGCUGAUCUGAACUGUAAGUGGAGUAACCCAUGGCUGGGUUAAUUUUCACUAACAGUAGAAAUGAUGCACCUUCUCACAAACGACUCAGGCUGCUGGAUUAUAGUCACCAUUGAGUAUACUAACAUACUGGUCAGUCAAACUGGAUUAAUCCGGAUUGGUGUGUCAGUGGCCGUUUCGUCACUUCAAGCACUGGUCACAGAUAUUGUGCAGAUACUUUCAGUAGGAAACAGUAGACAUUCAUGUUAUAUUAGAGGUGGUUUGUGACAUACAUAAUGAAUUAAUGUUGAUGGGAAAUGAGGAAAUGUGCGAUCUCUACUGAAUCUCUUAGUAACAAGCUUUUGAAAACAGAGUAAAAAUCUCCCACAUCCACUCAAUCAGGGAAGAGUUUUCUAACAGCAGAAACCAAACCAUUAUGAUCCUCAGUAGAAGUGCUUCAAGUUCAAUCCUUCAUGACUGAAACUUUAAAGAAUGCAUUAAAACUGUAUUGUUUAUUAUUUCAGCUAUU